UAGUUUUCUAAAAUGUGUCCAAAGCAAAAUUUAUACAGAGAUUACUAUUGCUUUCCUUUCAAUUAAAACCCUCUAAAAUAAAAAAUUGCACUAUUAUUUUUCUUUCUGAAAUAAAAAAUUUAAAGUUUUUCUGAAAUCAAUUGAGCGCGAUUAUGACCAGCUGGGAGUGCGUUUACUUAGCUGGAUUACUCCGUGUGAUCCAGUCCCUGGCGUUUUAUUCAAGAAGUUCGAAUAAUCCGGCACCGCAGCUACCCUCGCUUAUUGUGGGUCUUGCUGCAAUGGAUCUUAUAUGGGACACUUGCUUAGUUCCUCAGGAACUUCACAAUCUGCCGGCAGUGAUCAGGCGGAUGUACGAAGUGCUGGUGUCAUACCUGCUUUUGGGUAUUGCCGUUCAGUUGUUCUGGAAGUCAGUGGAUUUUAUGUGUGUCAUCCUGAUGAGGGACAUAAUACUCGGCAACGGCCUCGUCUCGAAGAUCGACUAUAACAACUACGAGAGCUACUGGGUGGGCAUGAUUACUGUGCCGUUGUCCCUCCUGAUCCUCGGAUCAGCCGGCCAUGGCAUUGACUAUUUCCACAUGUUACACGAUGGCCUAGUCCACGUGCAGUCGAAGGUUCAGCUGAGCUGGAAGGAGGCCUUGAGAUACGUCACUUGCAAUCCGAGGAAGUAGCUGUGCCGCAUGGUGCCGUUUCUGGAGAAGCACAAGGAUCUGGCACGCCGACAGCGUCAGCAAUAAAGUGAAACUUGUGAUAGGCAU